AUGUCGGCGGCACGACCCAAACAACGUCCGCCGAACGUCGUCCGACAUCUGCAAAAUGUAAGGACAAAACUCGGUGAUGCAGGCACUGGCAAUCCGAGAGAAAUGCCCCAGCGCGCCAAAGAAUCUAAUGGUGAUGAUCGUAAUGGUAACGGUGAUGAUGGUGGUGUUGAUGAUGGUGAUGAUCGUAAUGGUAACGGUGAUGAUGGUGGUGUUGAUGAUGGUGAUGAUAGUAAUGGUAACGGUGAUGAUGGUGGUGUUGAUGAUGGUGAUGAUCGUAAUGGUAACGGUGAUGAUGGUGGUGUUGAUGAUGGUGAUGAUAGUAAUGGUAACGGUGAUGAUGGUGGUGUUGAUGAUGGUGAUGAUCGUAAUGGUAACGGUGAUGAUGGUGGUGUUGAUGAUGGUGAUGAUAGUAAUGGUAACGGUGAUGAUGGUGGUGUUGAUGAUGGUGAUGAUCGUAAUGGUAACGGUGAUGAUGGUGGUGUUGAUGAUGGUGAUGAUAGUAAUUGUAACGGUGAUGAUGGUGGUGUUGAUGAUGGUGAUGUUCGUAAUGGUAACGGUGGUGAUGGUGGUGUUGAUGAUGGUGAUGAUAGUAAUGGUGAUGAUCGUAAUUGUAACGGUGGUGAUGGUGAUGUUGAUGAUGGUGAUGAUCGUAGUUGUAACGGUGGUGAUGGUGGUAACAUGAAAAGAGAGGUGGCGCUGGGCCAGGUGUUACACAUCAAGGGUGUCAUCACAGGUCACCUUGAACCAGUGCCUGCAUUGAAGUCGUGGCAGUGUCAGUGCUUUCAGUAG